AGAAGCAGGGCAGGGGAAGCACCCAGGCACCCUGAGCUGGGGGGCACCCCCUGUGGCACAGGGGUCUGGCCACCGCACGCUGCUCCUGGCCCUGCUGGGGCUCCUAGGCAUGCCUGUGACUCGCGGUGAGUAUGGGGAUGCGGGAUGCGUGGGGAGGACCAGCGAGACCUGCCUAGGUCCCACCUUGCUGCUCAGGCGCUGGGGAGGGUGGUGCCACCACCCCCCCAAACCUGGGGACCCAGUGCUUGAUGCUCUCAGGGAUGCUGUCAUGGAUGCAGCCCCGCCUGGCGCCUUUGCCUGGAGGGGAAGCCUGGGCGAGCCCAGCCGCGCUCCUGGGAUGCUCACUGGGGCUGGGGAAGGGGCCAGGGCACGGGGUCCUCACCCAAGGAGGUCUCCUGCCGCAGGUGACUGUGGGCCCCCACCUCGCAUGACCCACUCCAGACCGUCCAGCGACAGCAGCUUCCCCGUUGGAUCCAGGGUGACGUACACAUGCAUCGAAGGCGCCGUCAAAAUCCCUGGGAGGUCGGACACGGUGGAGUGCCUGCCCGGCGAGCGCUGGUCAAAGCUGCCCGAGCCCUGCGGCCGGAGCUGCGCUGCCCCGACAAGGCUGCGGUUUGCUGCCCUGACCAAGGAGGACGAGAGGAUUAAUUUCUUUCCCGUUGGGACCAACGUCAGCUACGUCUGCCGCCCCGGCUACGAGAACACCUCGGAAAGUUCCCCCACCAGCACUUGCCUUGAAAACCUGACGUGGUCGGAAGCUGCGGAGCUGUGCCGGAGUGAGUGUCUCCUUCCCCUUGUCCAAAAGCAGCCGUGGAGUUGGGAGCAGGUCAGGUAGCUAAAAUGCAGCUGGGUCGUUAUCACCCCAACAGCUACAUGCUUAAUACAAAAUUAGGUGGAUAUUCCUCGACAUUAAUACUUAGUAGGUAUUACCACAACAACUAAUACUUAGCAGGACUAUCAAUAGUUUUGUUUUUUUUAAUUUUCCUGCUGGGAUGAACAGAUCUGUUUUGAUUUUCAUGUUAGUAAAUAUGUUCACAAAAGGACACUGCCUCUGCACAGGACAAACGCCAAUUUGCAAUUCUAGCCAGCUUCAAAAUGAAGACAAAACACAUUUCUUGGGGGAAUCCAUGUAAUAUUAAGACUGAUGAGGUGGCAGCAAUACAUUUGUCACAGACGAGUAGCUUCCUGCCAGUCCAUUGAGAUGGAAACGCCUCUGCACGGCCUCUCCCCUGCCCUCCUGCGAGAUGCUCCCGGCUGCCAGUGCGGAGCCCUUACGGGGAUCCACGCAGCUGGUUCUGGCUCCUGCCAGCCCGGCUGUGACUCCUGGGAAGUAAAAUGCUUUGGUCCCUUUGGGUAUAACCCUCUAAGCCUGUCCCUUAGUUCUCCUUUUUGAUGUCUCCAUCGCCGUGUGUCACCGCUAACGCUGGCCUCGCUCCCCGGCAGGGAGGUCCUGCGGCGAGCCGGGAGCGCUGCCCGGGGGCAGGACGCUGGUGCUCACCGACCUCCAGUUCGGCGCAAGAGUGAUGGUGUUCUGCAAGGACGGGUGAGUCGCGGGGCA